UGUGCUCCGGUCCCGGGUCCCUCCUCUGCAGGCGCCUUUGCUCGCAGGGCUCGACGCUGCGGGGAUGGGCGCCCUCGAGGGGCUGCUGUUCCUGGGGGGAGUCGCCCCCCUGCUGGGCGCCUCUUCUUUGCACGCCCUCCACUAUUUCAAGACGGCCGUCUGGGAGAGGGGCAGGCAGAUACCCCAGUACACCUCCUUGGCAUUCAUCGACGACCAGCUCAUCUCUCGAUAUGACAGAGACAUCGGGCAGUGCGUGCCUCAGUCGUCCUGGAAAGAGGAGAUCAGCCGGGACCACACCAACUUCUGGACCAGGAGCACGAGGAGGGACUUUGCCUCCAUCGUCAUCAUGGAUCUGAUGGUUCUGAAGAACCUUUACAACCAGAGCAGGGCAACUCAGUCGUGUCUGGAUUGA